ACCCUACUAUAAAAGAAAUAAACUUUACCCCAAAUUCAAAGAAAAACGGUUUUCCCUUUUAUUUCACUAAAGUUGAAUAGUUACUACAUUUUGCAAAGUUACUAGCUAUUUCGCAAAAUAUCAAUCAAAACAAGUCUGACAAUAUAAAAUUAACAAUGCAAAAUACGAAAUGAUUGGAUUGGUAUAAAUAAGAUCACAUAACACCAAAUACAUUAUAAAUAAUCACAACUCAAACUAUAAAAUCUCACCUUUUCUUUUACUUAUUUCAUUAUCAAACAUAAGAAGAACAAACAAACAAAUAAAAAGGAAACACAAUGGUGAACUUGGUAGAAUCACCAAAACCAAUGCUGUACGGCCUCAUGAGAUUAGCCGGCGUUAUUCCAUACACCGUAGAAAUCGAACCAGGGACAAAGAUAAACUUCUGGAUCCCCAAAGAAACCCUUAAAAAAACCAAAAAAUCCAACAAAAACUCUGACGUGAAACCCAAGAAACCUUCUAAACCAGCCAUUUUGUUCAUCCACGGCUUUGCAGCCGAAGGGAUUGUGACGUGGCAAUUCCAGGUCGGAUCACUAGCCAAAAAAUACUCAAUCUAUAUACCGGACCUUCUCUUCUUCGGUGGAUCCUAUUCAGAUAAACCGGACAGGUCACCCGCCUUUCAAGCCCACUGUUUGGUCAAAUCUCUUCGUAUCCUCGGAGUGGAUGAGUUUGUCCUUGUAGGGUUUAGUUACGGUGGAAUGGUGGCUUUCAAGAUCGUGGAAGAGUACCCUGAGAUGGUUAGAGCCAUGGUGGUGUCAGGUUCCGUACUCGCGAUGACUGAUACGAUCAGUGAGUCGAAUUUGAACCGUAUAGGGUUUAAGUCAUCAGCGGAUCUUCUGUUACCAACUUCGGUUAAGGGACUCAAGACUCUUUUUGCCCUUUCUGUUCAUAGACCCAUGUGGUUCCCGAACCGUCUCUUCAAGGAUUACCUCGAGGUGAUGGAUACCAAUAGGAAAGAAAAAGCAGAAUUGUUAGAAGGUUUGGUCACCAGCAGGAACGAAGAUGUGACCAUCCCUCGUUUACAACAGAAAAUUCAUCUCUUGUGGGGCGAAAGUGAUAAACUUUUUAAUCUUGAAAUGGCCAAGAACAUGAAGGAGCAACUAGGCGAAAAUGCAACAAUGGACAGUAUAAAAAAAGCAGGUCACUUGGCACAUUUGGAGAGACCUUGUGUAUAUAAUAAACGUCUCAAAAAGUUUCUUACUGCAGUUUACUCCGGAAACUAAAAUGGAUGUAAUUGAAUGACGCAUUAUCCUCCUCGACAUCAAAUUUGUGCUAUUUUCUUUGUUUUAUUUAUUCUUCCUAUUUCAAAAAUAAUGUAAUCAUAUUGAAAUGGUAUACGUAAUCAUAUUGUUUCUAUGAUGUCAAAAAAAAAAAAAUCAUAUUGUUUCUAUCAUUUUGCAUUUUAUCACUAUGC